AUGCUAACCGUCCCUCCACCCUCUGACAUGAGCGACGUUGACGUGGUCAAACCGCUAACAGGCUCCUACUGGUUUUUGAGGUUUCUAGGCAAGUGUAAGCACUCCUUUAGUCACGCCUCCAAGAUAAUCCAGAUAAGCACAGUCUAAAUAAGCCAGAUUUUAAUUAAAAUUGGCUCCAUCAAUGUAACUGUCGAAGAACCGCCACAAGUUUUGCCUUUUGGAGGAGGGCGGCCGUCUUAUUUUACCUGUCGAAGGAGUCAAGCAACCAUUUGAAAGUAGGCUUCGAAGGCCAUUGUGAUUUUCAAACGCGACACCCUGAAAAAUGACUUAUUAGGCAAUAUGCGUGAAUCUUAGAGGGCAGGUGAUACCAGUUGACGGACGGUUGACCGGUGCAGGGGUAAGGGAAUAUUGAGGAUGAGGCCAAUACAGGGGAAUCGAUCCUCACAACAAAUCAGCGCAUGACCCACUAUAAUCAGUCUGACGCGGUUGGUGAUUUGAAUGGUCGCCACCUGACGGAAUAACUCAGUCUCUCUCAGGAAUGACAGCUAGGUUGCAAUUGUCCUUUCUUAGUGGGGCCUUUAUGUCACUUUCACUGAUCUGAGAUCCGAGUAGCCCCUGCGGCGUUCUAGCACGCGUAAUUGAUAGCAGAUGGUGUGUAGCACGCGUAGACGUCCGUUUGACCCUCAGGCACCGCAUUCACGCCCACCCCCGGUAGUCUUAUCAUCAAAGUAAUGGGGAUGAGAGAAGAAAGUGCGAGGUAGGUACUGCGCAAGUCUCUUUUGCUAGGCCCAAUAUUUCAGGUACGCAGUAGACGUCCUCGUUCGCUAUUGUCGAAUCGCCAUGUGACAUAGUGUGGAUUGUGCAGACAGGGGAGACUGGAGCGAGCCUUCUUUGUCGACUUUGAGCAUGACGGGCAGGUCGGAUAUACGUAUCUGACCACCAUGUCCGCCUGGAAGUCGUCCAGUCAGCUGGGAUUGUUUUGCGCAUAAAAAUCCUGUCCCAGCGUGUUUUUAAGUGAUGGUAAGGGUUGCCUGUUUGCGCUUAGAUGACUUUACUAGCUCAAACAUUCGUCCGCACUUGUCUUAGUCUUCGCACCAGAACCCUUUCGAUCCAUAUUUUUCAUCAGCCACUUCAGUUCGGCAACGAUAGGGUGUGGAACCCCGAAUUAACUUGACCUAGCCUGUGGACUGUGUCGUACGUUGGAGGGCGGUAGGCGGAGUCUUACGAGCUGGGCAGCACAUAGGACGUAAGGCAAAAAGACACAGAAAAUAGAUGGACUUCUACCGAAAGUCUUAUCGUACGCUGUCAUUUGGCAAAGAAAGUGAGCGCUUUAAUUUAAAAAUGUUUAUCAUAGCACUAGAGUUUGGUGUAUAUUUUUGUAGUUGCAAUCUACUUGUGGAUCAUACACCCUAUAGUUACCGUCAGCUCUGACCCGUUACUUUCGAGGACGCAGACAACAAGAUCACGCAUCUCAUGCACCGAAAUCACUCUGCGCUCAGUCUUGACACCCGACGAGAGCGCAGCCUGUCAUGCCCGUCAAACAUUAUCGAGCGGGAGUCUUCUGAUUGGCUAAUCGCCUUUCGAGGUCUACAUGAACUACCCCAAGAGCAUAAGUCCUGCCAUUAAACCCAAGUUUACCAUCAUUCCACUACUAGAGACGAGCUGACGCCAAGGAUCUGGGGGAUUUAUGUGCUAGUCCCCUGCCAUUUUGACUUUUAUGUCGUCGUCAGACAGGCAAACACCAAAGCAAAGCUGAAUACCGGCUUUGAAACCUGUGCAUAUCAUUAGCCAUAAUUCCUGUGGAAGUUUUGAAUAUAACACCGGUCUAGUAUUAGUGUUUUGCUCUUUCGCCAUAAUUCAACAGUGUAAAGUUAUCAUUGAUCUUCGUGAUAAGGUGGGAGUUUGUCCUGGGUUUAUUACCGUCCUAACAGUUCCUUUGGAUAUUGUCUUUUGAGUAACGAGCAUUGGUCGACGUUAAUAUGUCUGAGUACGACUAAAUCGCAAGUUGAUAUCUUUCAGAUCAUUAGCCGUCAUUCCUGGGAAAGUGUUAAAUAUAUCAAUUGUUCAGUAUUAGUGAGUUGCCCUUGCGUCAUAAGUCAGCAGUGUAAAACUAUCAUUGAUUUUUGCGAUAAGGAGGAGUUUUAGACGACGGUAGGGUGAAGGACCCCUGUCAGCUGUCGGUAGACUGUGGAUCGUGUGGUGGUGCAUGUAAUUGCUAAGUCUACUUAAGUACUGAUGACUGGCAGUUGUACCCGAGAGCGGAGUAAUAAAAACGGAGAUCACUUGAGCAUGAAUUAAGGCCUAGCAGAAAUGCCUCCCAGGGAAUGGGCUCAGUUGUUCGAUGGUAAGACACUCUUUCAAGAUGGAACGCCAUGGAAUAUCCAGCCGGAUACCGUAUCUGCAUACAUUCAUCAUUUUAGUCGGUAGCAUUGUUCCUGCAUCCCGCCAGCUUACUGUCCGACGUGCUGCCUCACUCGUAAACCCCCCAUUACCUCAUUCCCGUAUGGCACGAAUACAAUAUACCGACAACUAAUUGGUAUCCUUCACCCCAUUGUUGCCGGGUUUUGUGCUGAAUUAAUUGUUGUCCUAAUACUUCAUGCAGAUAUUGGCUUUUACAUCAAGACCACUGGCUGACGGUAAUGCUCCUGAGUACGACUGAGGCUCAAUUAGCUGUCGUGGAAGAGCCAUUUGUCCUGAAGCAGAAGUCCGCCUCAAUUAACUGUACAACGAAGACAUCCAAUCAUGCGGCGGUUGUGUGCACUGGUCACCCAAAAGAACUGUGCCGCUGUUGCGCAUGACCAAAAGGGUCUCUCUCCGCAUAUGGCAUGCGUUAGUCGCAGCACACCCAGUCUGUGCGAGUUCUUAACUGUUACUGCAAGAAAACAGGCCAGAUAGCCACUGUUGCGUUGCAUUUUCCCACUAGCAUAUGUGAGGGGAAGACCAGUGUGCACGGGUUUUGUGACACCCCUCUCCAUCGUGCUAACACAGUGCACUUCUCCCCACGCUGAACCCGAAUUCCAUGGAGCCAUCAAGGUGUAUUAAAAGUCGUGACCUGGAUAGUUAUUAUUUACAUCUCCUGCAGUCAGAUUCCCCUUCGUUGACACCUUCGAUUUGGCUCUAAACAAACCUUUCGUAUAGAUAAAAGAGUGAUCUGCGAGUUGCACAUGUUAGGCCGGAAGGAGAGGUUUGACUCACCUGAACUGCUGCGUCCCAUCGCAUCUCCCGUUGGUUAUACGGUCGGAAGUUAUAAUUUACAGCAUAUGCUACUCCCUACAUUUAAGUAAUAUUAUUUUAGCGCGUAUAUUGUGUGCCUCCUUCGACGUCUACAUGCGAAGCAAUGGAUCCCGACUGGAGCAAAAGAAUUCGUUUCCACAUCACUGGGACCAUUUCAGUACCGCGUAAUCAUUAUUUCAUAAUUUUUAAACAAUGUGUAUACAGCGACACAUUCAUACGAGUGUUUCAUGCUUGUUGUAUGUAAUUACAUACGUAGCCUUCUUUCACAGUUGCCCUACAUGUUGUUUUUAAACACGUUAUUGUAACCAAUAAGAAGUUCAAAGGCGUUUGCCUACCUUUCCCCUAACAAAAUGAACUGAACUGAACUGGACAUAGGCCAAUGGCAUAAGUGUUUAAAAAGUGAGGAUAAGAUUAACUCAGGGCUUAGCUCUUCAUAACAAGCACAUAUACUCCACGAUUUUAAAAUUGCCUGGGUGCAUUUAGAGUGCUGGCUUGGAGCGUUGCUAUCUGGGGAGAUAACCUGGUUCAGGUCGUAAUGUCCCUGCUCCGCUCAAUGUGGCCUUCCCGGCCCUCUCACUCAUGUGAGUUCCGAGAACCCUCACUGGAGUAUUAUUCUUGUGGAUCUAUGAGCCAGAGCACGAAUUGUAGCCGUGGAUGUAACUUCCGCCUAGCCAACCACUUCGUACGAGCUCUUCUCCAGUUGACCUACCGUUUAAACAUGAUGAGUGUGCAGUACAUGUCUUUCCAGUAGGCAUCUCCGCGCCCCCCUGCUGGCAGGGGUGACCCUCGUCGGUUAUCAUGGGCGACCAAAGGGACGUGUUUUAGUUGAUACAACCUUUGCCUUUUGUCUUGACGUUCAAAAUCAAACCACUUGGCCAUAUGCGUUGCAAAGUCUUAUAGGCCCUAUCUGACGGAUUUCUAAAGGCGUAGGGAAAUACGAUCUUCCUCGUACAGCAAGUAUGUAGUUGUGAGUCACCAGGACCAUCAGGGACCCCCCUCUAAUCCUGAAAUACAUACAGGCUAAUCGAUAUGGGCGAAAAUACGAUUUCCAGGUAGCAUAUAAAAAGAAGAGGCGGCGUACAUCAGGAGAGGUUUAUUAUAGGUCUGACGUUACGAGUAGAUAGUCCGCCUAUUCAUGACUUCUCAGUGUCUGAAGAUGGGUAAACGAAGCAAAUACUCGACGCUUCAGACUUCAAAAAACCUCUCUCGGUUAACGCCUCCUCUUCUUCUGUUAUAUACAGGCUUUUUCGACCUCAAGCGAUCUGCUGACGAUCACGAUGGACUUUUGUUUUCGUCAUCUUUUAGUAGUUUUGUCAGUCAGCAAAGAAGUAGCAAUGUCACAUCUCCCCAUGUUUUGAGGACUGUCUCAGCCUUCAAUGUCCCCUACUCGCCUGGUGUCUAGGCAGACUGUGUCCGAUUGCGUUGGGUUUCUUCUGUCUCGCCACACUGACGGCUACUUCUGUUGUCAACCUAAAAUACUAUGAUAGCGUCUGUAAAGAAUAGCCUCGUCCGGCUUAGGAAUUUUACCUUGAAGAUGACCAUGUUGAAUGCCUAUAUACCCCAACCUGGUUCUGCCAGACCAGCAUAUCUACCUGCACACGACUGACAUUUUUUUACUCCUUAAAACCGACCAAAUCACAUUCAUUUUUCCCUUUUCAAAAAUGAAGAAAUUUUUUCAUUGUUCGCCAACCAUUUUAAAGUCAAACUGCCCAUUUUACAACCACGAACAGAACACAUCACGGUGUUUGCGUACUCGUUCUCAUAUUCAUUCAAAAUGCAUUCUUUAAUUUCCAUGAUGGUAUCCUUAUAGGCACCAUAUAAUUUAUUAAUUCUUUAUAACUUAUAACAGCGACAGCCAGGUACAGGCCAUGAACUUGCAUGUUAGUGGGACGGAAAUGUCGCGCUUAUUGAGGAACUGUCUGUCGCAUAACCACGGCUUAGACAUCUUCUUAUUUUUUCUAUCUUUAUUUUUUGCGAAAUAUCGUCCUUUUUGAAAGUGCGAGCAUCCAGUGACAUUUAAUUAUCUGGCGACUUAAGCAUUAACGACACAUAUGGGCGCUGCUAGUGUGCAUAGCCACCCGUGUGCUUGCUAUGUCUCUUCGUGCUUUGGCGCAUUUUAUCCGUUUUCACUGUAGUUGAUAGGAUAAAAAGCUUCAAAGCUUUUUAUCCCUUCCUUCUGUCUUUUCAGUCUCGUCAUGAAAAGUCGGAUAUUAGUCUAAAGUCCGCUUGUUCUUCCUAAAACACCAAGAGCCCCUUCGUUCGAAAACUCCUCACGAUCCGCAUUUGGAAAUUAUCGGUGAUAUUUAGCCUUCAUUGUACCACCACACAGAAGCAAAUUUUUGACUGGCCAUUGCUGAUUUUUACUAGGCUGAAAUUUACGCGCAAGGACGAAAUUGGUCGACAGUUUUUUGAACCUGGUCGCACGGUUCUGAGUGGCAUUGUCUCCUCGGUGGUCUACUUCAAGUACGCAUCGUUUCGUUGUUCCUAAUGAGUCAGAGGCCGUUUGUUUGACAGUCGGAGUUGCUUCUUAGCAUUACUAAGACUUAAGCAAGGUAGCGUUACACAAACGUCUUAUGUGCGAGGGACUUAUCAGUAUAGAAGAUCUCGAUGUUGUGUAUACUUUUUGUGCAAGACAUUUCGCUCGUUGGCCACCGUGUGCUAGCCAGGAAUUAGCGCCCAUAAUCCAUUGUCUCCCUGCAAGGAGACAGGUAGUCGAAUGGGAAAUCCUCCUAUAACUUUCUCCUUUCGCUACCUUACCCGCUGUCCAUAGUAGCGUUUCCCGAGAUUAUACACAACCCCUUCUUUCACGGGUAUAGCAAACGGACUUUUCGCUAAUAGUUUAUGCAAUUCCCGUUCAGACAUGCGUAAUUAAAAUUCAUGCCAAAGACCUCGUCGCUAUCCCACCUACAAUGACGCAGGGUAGUUUGUAAGUAGAUUGGACUGUUGGAUCUAGUGUUAAGUGCAGACAAUUAUGGGUCCUCCUCCAGUCACUCUAUAGCCCCUCUUGCCGACUGCGCCAGGUGAAGUCAUCACGUUCCGGCCUCCCCGCAGUUCUGGGAUGCUAACGUCCGUCAUCUUAAUGCCAUCGAACGACGUAUCCGAAGACAUCCCAGGAGCUCCCCCUAAGGCUUACGUAUUUUGUUCCCAUACCGGCGUAGUCCCCCACAUCAUUUACGUCGAUGAAAGGUGCGGGAGCAAGCCAUUGACCUUUUUAAGGGUCUCUACAGCCUAAAUCAGCAUUUACUACGUACGGGCGUCACUAAUGCCUACGAGGUAGUCGAGAAAGUGGGUAAAAUCUGUCCUGACAUCUCCAAAACAGCCAGACAUACGCACAAGCCUUGCGGACAUCUUUACGAAUUGCGCAGUUUGCGUGACAACCCACGACUUUGACAUGUGACGUUAAUGGUAUGGUGUCCUCGUUCUUGGGAUGAGCCACCCGAGGAAAUAGCCGAAACUCCUCCGCUCUCCAUAGUUAAAAGGCCUUUCGGUCUCGGUGCUGGUUGGUUUUUGCCGUGACCUACUCGCAAUCCUGGUUCUAGACUCUGAGAUAUUCGCCCAAAAUGCAGUACGCCAAAGCACUUGCUUUCUUCAUAUUCUUGUCGUUACUUUGAUUUACAAAUUUUAAAAAAGUCCAUCAUCCGAAUUCAAUGCCAUCGGUGAUUUUCCACAAAGGGAAGCAAGAAUUGCCGGAUUAAUUCGCCUGAUUUUUUUCUAUUAUCCUUUAUCUGCUGUACCCGAUGCAUAUUUUUCGUGUUUUUUUUUUCUCCGCAUAUCACGCCGUGCCGGUCACUCUAUCUCGGUUUCUUCUAUUUUCCUCUCCGUUCGUCGUUUCAGUCACUCAACUCACUAUCCGCACUCUCCCGCUCCCCGCUCUUUCACGCACAUUUUGAAGCCUGUGCCCAUACAUGUCAUAACAGGGCGUCGAAAUUCCGGGCGAACCCAGGAUGCUUUCACACUUCCCGGUGGUCAUACCUUUGUGUAAAAUAAAUCCCGUGGGGAACUUAUCAUCUUAAACCGCUUGAACACUGUUCGUUUUGGUUCCGCGCUAUUGGAACUCUUUCAUGGCAAACUGAUGGGAUGUAAAACUUAUACUUGGCUCGACGGUGAUCAUGUCUCAUCUGCAGGACCUUGCUUAUGUCACAGAUUGUACAUCUUUUCUCUUGGCGAGUUGCGACAGCGAAUCCGGAGGGCCUCACUCACCUUUUUUCAUUUGAUCGUUGUAAUAUCAUCGAGACCGACUGAGUCAUGAUUACAGCCUUACCAAGUUUAAGUACGGGUAAUUGCUUUCAUCCACAACGACGGAAGUCUAAUAUCAGGGAUCCGAAAAUUGUCUCUAUAUCUCGGUGGGCCGUGUUGAGUCAGAUCGAGGGCUGACCUCCUCUUUGCCCCUCCAUGUGGACAAUGACACUGGUCCAGAUACUAAUGAUUACGAGAGUCAAAUAAGUAGCAUGAAUUGUGGAAUGGAUGUCUUCCCUAUUCUGUCCAUUGGUAAAAGCUUCGUUCUCAGAUAUUUGAUACCGUUCGCAUUUUCUCACUAGUAGUGAUUAAUCGUAAAGUUUGCCUUCUCCCGGUCAGCAGUGCUACUCAAAACACUAGUCGGCCAAAUUUUAUCGACAAACUGGCUAGUUUAACGACUUCAUUCACCCAUGACACCAAAACUGGAUUAUAUCGUUUGUGUAACCGAAGUCCGUCAGCCGGCGCUCGGACUAAAAUUCAAAAUCGCCCAACCCGUGUAUGACCCUUCUGCGAAUCCUGCCAAUGGCGUAGUCAAACAGAAUAGGUGAAAGGAUAAAACCCUCUCGAACGCCAACUCGAAUGUCGGACGAUUGGGACAGAGUGUUGUGGGCCGGAACUCAAACAGUCGUGAAGCAGGAACGGACGUUAACCACGACGGUUUUGGCCGGCGUACCGUCUAGAUCCACCCAGAAGCUUUUACCAAGUCAGUUAUCAUAGUUCUUUUUGCCAGCCAGAAGGGCGGCCGUGCUCAAAUAAUCAGGAAUAAUCUCAUCUCUACAUGCUUGGUGAAUCAUCUCGCUGACCCACAAGGUCAGUCAAUACAUAGCCUGUAGACUUCGCAGUGGGCGACGUCCUUUCUGAAUGUCUUGUUAUCACACAGCCUCGGUAUUGCGUCGACAGUCUCUUUCUGGGAACGAUGGUCCCAAAUCUGAAUAGGUUACAUAAGAAUAUAACUUCGAGGUAGGAAAGAAGACAGGUGCUGGGCUGCUCGUCGAAAUGGGGAAGCUGCUUACUUCUGGGUUCGACUUUGGCGGAGUUGUCGGCAGUAAAUUCGUCAUUCACAUUACGGUGUCAUAAUGCUUUAGACGCCCACCACUAAUUCGGCGAGUAGUCUGAUAACAACGUUUAUCGACCACCUCAUUUUGUUUUCCAUUCCAACCAAACAUUUUUUACGGCUAUGUCUACCCGAUCGGAGGAAUCCUCGUUGCCGAACCUAGCCCGAGGUGUCAGGUCAAACAUCGGUGAAUUUCCUGAGCUGCGUGAAUCCCAUAACUACUUUAGCUACCUCACCGACCGCGGCUUUCAGUAAUAAUCAUUUAGGGCCACUCUCCCCGAUCCGGACUUUAGAGCCCAAAGCCUCGGAUUUACUGUUUCAUCUUACUUUAGUAACAGUGGGUGAGGGGUGAACUUUCGACCGUGUGCGAACAAGAACAUGGCCUGAUCCAUAGCCUUGCUGGUUUCGGCACCAGACAUCGUUUCUUCGUUAUGAACCCAGUUAGGGAACCCCGAACUACCGGGGAUGUCUUCAGUUUGGUUGGUCUUGCAACCAUCAUUUGAAUGCCAGGUCAAAUAUUUGCGAUGAUGUUGAACGCACUUAUUUGUGAUGAUCAACCUGUCCUCGUAUGCCAAGUCUAACAUUCUCUGGUCAUUGUUGCAUAGAAAACUAAGUCAACAGCAACCAAUGAGACCAUGUUGAAGUUAUUUCGCCUAAGUUGAUCAUGCUAAUCUAUAGCAACAGUCGGUGCAUCACGGGGGGGGGAGGAGGGGGGGGGGAAUCUUUUGACCAGUUAUUGCAUCAGCGAGUAGGCUUCUUGAUCACGCUGGUUGGCUGCUAGUGUUAAUGCGUACACGAAGACGACACAGAUGUGGAUAAAGUUCCGCUUCGGUCCUAUGGGCGUUAUUGGACCAUUAACUGGUUCCCGCGCAAGUGCUGCGUGAUUCAUAUGUUACUAAAAUGUGAUCGCCACACUUCCUCUACCAGAAGAGUCGAGUGAACAGCUGCGGUAUAGGAUCAAAUGGAUUAUGUUCCCCGGAUUUUCAUUCUCCACGAACUCAAGUCUGUCAUUCGGACAGGCAGCAGACAUUCACGUUGUACUUAUGAGGACUGCACAAGCAGUCUCAUCGAUUCGUUCUCGCUUGAGUAGUCCAGCUCGCAUGCUGUUCUCUUUUGCGUGUGAAGCGGUAUUGUGGGGUGUGCCAUUCCUCUUGAACACCGCAGCAUAGAUUGUCCCACUGUGUUCGGACACUUUUGUGAGUUCGCUUGGGAAUUUUGUGUAUAGUUGUCCCAAAAUGCCUCUAAAAGUUGUUGUUUCUAACGCCUUAGCUGUAUGACCUAACUGUAAGGCGCAGUCGCAGGUAAACUUAUUUACUGCCGUUUCAUGGUACUGUCAUCGGACUUUGCUGUAGUUUAGAAGGUAGUUGACAUGCCAGACCACAGUCACUCACGCCCCAGCAUUACUGUUGCUGCUGGUUCGCCACUGCUCAUUCCUCAGACCUGCGAGCUUGUGUACUUCGUAGGUUAGGUAUGACCGAACCUGCCUUGACCUCUUCUCACUACUUUCCCAAUUCCCCCUUUUAUCUCUGUCUUACCUUAGCGUGAAAUAUUUACCGGUCUUAAGGGGGCGACACUGAUCCACAAAAUUGAGUCAUUCAUACCUCUUGCACGAACGCCUGACUGCCUGCGACAACCUGCCAAGCUAUCGCACUUUUUUGCGUGUUGCUCAGAAUUUGAGCUGGAAAGUGGUAACAUCCAUUCUUAAGUCUUUAAGCAAGUGCCAUUUAAUCGCCGUCUGUCUGGGAACUUCCAGACCUGAAAGUUAGCUACCUUCAGGUCUUUCCCAAGUCGUGCACCUAGGUUUUUUGAACAAACAGUUUGGCUCCUUAACGACCCUCGCCCCCAUUAUCAAUGCACCAAACGAUGUCACUUCAUCCUUUUUUGAAACCCGUUUAGCCAUGGUUCGUCGCCGCGCAACGCCAAGGGCUGGCAGGGGUGGCCGGAAGUCAGUGGUUAAGCCCGCUCUGGAGGACAACGAUGACAGGCGAUUUGUAAAGCCAAAUGCUAUCAGUCCACAUCUGUUCUGCCCCAUCUGCACAGAAGUCUUCAACCACCCUUUUCGAGCUCCUUGCGGUCACAGUUUCUGCUUCACGGUGAGUUAUCUGACCUGUGUAGCACGCUCGAACUCUAAUGCUAUCCACCUGCAGUUGGCUGAGAAACAUUGUCAAACACAAUGCGUAAAUUUGACUCGUUUUCGAAAGUUGUUGCACCUACCAAGCGUCUUCUUUUGGUUCGGAUGAUAUAUCCGGAGUGUUGUCAUCUUUGCCUACCCAGUGUGUCCUGUUCGUCCUAACCCUGCAUCAACUCCUCUUUCUUCCUUAGUGCAUUGAACCGUGGCUGAAGAAUAAUAACACCUGCCCCAUCGACCGGAAGCACGUGGUCAGAGCCAGUCUCCACCACGACUUUAUCCUUGAGAGCAUAAUUGGAGACUAUUCGGUGAGCUGCACUCUCCUUUUCCUUCUUAUAUUUGCGACUUUAUUUCGUUAUUCACAGAGCACAAUCAGUUAGAAAUUCGGGAACUUCUUUUGGACCUAGUACAUGAAACAAGGUUUGUCAGGCUGUCUUGCGUUGUCUCCAGUGUCCGCCUUGGUGUCUGUCAUCGCCUGGAGCAGAGGCUCUGACCUCUCAUUGCGUCUUAGCGGCCCUCUAUUCGGGUGUUUUCUACGUGAAAUUCACCUUCUUUUCAUCGUGGCGAACACUGACAAUAGUUUGUAAUUUUAGCACUUUUUAAGGUCGACAUUGAGAAAUUGGGGGCUCACACCUGCAAACCGCCGAUUCCCCAAAGUCGCACUUGUAAUAUAACCUCUGAGUUGUCGCAGCCACGCUUUCCGGCUGUGAUGAAUGGACGCGUCUUUUGUAGGCUAAGGGAAUGUUCUUCUUGAUUAACUAUUGUCAGGGUUGAAAAGUCGUCAGAAUCAACGACUAACUCUUGCAACUGUCUGGGACGACUGGCAGAGUUAAAUUAAUAAAGAACCCAACUCAGAUAUAGAAGUCAGUAGUUUGACUGUUAUUUAGCGUUUUCUGACUAAAUGUGGUUUCUGGUUCUCACGGUUUUCCCUUAAUAAAAGAAAGGGUUUCGACAGGAGCCUUAACAUGCUAAACUAGCCGCGAUGACUCAGUGGAUCCCUUUGAUAGAUACAUUCUAGGGCAGCAUUCUCCACAUUGUCACAGUCCUUUUGUUUAUUAGUGAGGAACAGUCCCAUAAAAACAGACUACAAGCGAACGCCAUGUGAUGCAAUCUAAAGACCCGUAGACGGAGCUGCAGUGGUUGUUUACAAAGUAAUUUGCAAUGAUUAUGAGUGCAACUACAUCGGAGGGGUGAAGGGGGGUUGGGAUAUGUAAACCAGCUAGCAGCGCGAAGAAAUCAGACAGCCAAACCACGCAUUCGGCUUUUUAUGGCAGUCGUUGUAAGCCAAGACACUUGGUAAUCUCAUCGACUCACUUUACAGGCGUAGCUGCCAGUUCGACCGAUCGAUAAAGUGGCCUGACUUCGGCUUACCAGGUCUUGUGCUAUUACGCUGAAUGGUAGAGUAACUUCUGGGAAUUGUGAGGUUGAAAGUGGGCUUCACCGCCGGGGCAGGAAGACCGACCAGCCUUUUGGCCGAAACACCUAAUCACCGAUUCCAACAAACUUAGACGAGGCAUACAUUCCGUGCCCGGUUUUAUGAAAUGCUGACCAAAGUUCCUAAAUGCGUUUUCGUCUGGGAAGGAUUGCCUAGGAGGGGUUGUAAUAUUUAUCGUCAUGCAGCAUGAUUCCAUGAUAUUUCAGUUACGUUAGGAUGCCGGUCUUUGAAUGCUCUUCUCCUCUGCCGCUUGCAAAAGACGCACACGGUAAAAAUGGCUACUUGAGCAGUACGAAUUUCGCCAUUGAUUUUCGGCGUCCCUCAAAAACCAGAUAUAUUUAAUAGAAAAAAAACAGACAUAAAAAUCCCUUCUUGCACUCGUUUGGUUACUCGAAGGAAAGGCAUGUUUGGGUUUUGGAAACGUUUGCAAUUGCUCGAUUUCUCAAUAUCUUUAAAUGUCUCUUCAAAUGCCAUUGUAUCCAUCCUUUACUUAAUGCUCCUCACGUAAUGUGCAACAUAGUCUACAUUUCGCAGUCGACUGAGGUGCACUCAGGAGCUGGCAUCCUGGCGGGGCCGAAAUAUCUUUAGAUUAGACUGCAACCAUUUAAGUGAUCUAAAAUGCAUUUCAGAAUUUUGGCUAACAUUCAUGACCACACAGAUAUGUGGCUAUGGGCGCCGUUGUACCAAUCAGUCCACGACAUGACAUCAUCUUACCAUCUUAGAGAGAUCGUCAAAAUUCCGUUCGAUUUUAUUAUGUAGUUCAAACUCUAACAAUGUCUAUCAUACAAAAGUAUUCGAAGCAUCAGAAAUGUUACAUCCAGAGGUCUCGACUCUCCCCCUACUUCACGCCCGAUCUUGUUUCUACUAUGCCUCCUAUACCUUUGGGCCACGUUCCUAUCUAGCUAUCAUGUCUUCUGCAGCCUCUCUUCUUAACUGUUCCUUAAGAACUUUUCAUCUGUGCUAUCAAGACAGACGCGCACUUUAAAUAAUUACUGGUCAGUCUUCAGACGUUGUAAAGAGCCGUAGGCUGGAGUUCAACUCUGCCUGGCCUCAAACAACGCUGGAUAAAGUUGGUUACUGACCUCGGCGAUCCGUGAUACGCUUCACGAGACUCGCACAGCAUGUAGUCAACAAGCCUUUCAUUCAUGCAUCGCAUCUCUUUACAAGCUACUGUGUGAACUCGGUGGCGGUGGUCGUCUUCGCCGUUGUCAGGUGACUGAGGAAAGAGACUGCGAUGGGUGCUGUGCAAGUCUGGAUCACCAUAAAUGAAUUCACCUCCAACUCCUUGGGAUGCGCGGUAGAUAUCAUUGCUUGUGACCGACAAGCCGUCAGCGGCGGUGACCAUUACACUCCUGAUCAUAUGAGAUGGUUUUCUGCGAAGAGGCUGAUUCGAUUCCCCUUUGUACGGCGCGACGCGACUGCUUAAACGUCACAUAAGUUCUGCUUUGGACUCAUUUGCAGGAAGCCCUUCGUGGCCGACGCCGAUCUCUGUAAUUCCUGAUCUACAGGAGACAUCCAAUCAGUAUGACUCUGCUGAUUAUGACGCUGGCAGUUUCCAACUGUUAAGGCGUCCACGCUGCUAAAUGUUUUAGGAGAAUCACUCAGGAUCAGCGGUUGUCUGUCUUUGAUGGACCCAUAUCAAGACUUCCUUCACUUCAUUUCCUCCAUUACGCUUUGCUGUGAAAACAUGCGCCAGUACGCUUCGUUGCGCGAAUUCUUUUGAUGGAUAACUUGCUUCUUAAAGAGUGUUUUGUACUAAGCAUACUUUAUGUUUCUCCCUAAGGUGGCAUGCCCCUGGCGCUCCCUGGGUUGCAGCUAUGUCGGCGCAUUGCACCUUUUGGCGGCACAUAAGAAGCAGUGCGUAAUGAAUCCCGACCACCUACCCGAGGCACUCAGAGUUCGCGAGUUGCAAGCCCUUCAGCGGGCCAGCAGUAGCAGUCAACUCUCCGAGACUGCCUUCACUGGCAACACUGCUACCACCGCCGCCGCCGCCCCCUUAAAUGGGACUUGUUCUGCUUCAGAUGACACUCUAGUCGAUUCCGCCAUAGGCUCACCAGCGCAGACGCCGACGACGAUCGCCGUCGCAGAGUUGACUGACGGACAGGGGACGGCCCCAGCACCUGCGGAUGAAGAGGCGACUCCUCCGCUGCGACCACUCAACGACUCUCCCAACAUUACCGGCGUGACCGAUGAGGACGAGGAGGAUCUGCCGCCAGCUCCGUUGCCAAGUCUGCUUUUUCGACUCUACCAGAAGUCGGAUGCGGAUAAUCGCAACCUCAUGUGCUCCUUCUUCAGUAGUGAGCCAGCGAUCGCGGCCCCCGGGCCGCCAUCCAAGCGCCGGAAGCGAGCAACACCCAUGUGCGAGAGGGAUACAUUUGUUUUGUAG